GCGCAGCGGGGCGGCUGGUGCAGCGCUCGGCAUGGGGGAGCCGGAGCCGGAGCCGGAGCAGAUCCGCCUGAAGUGUGUCCGUAAGGAAGGCUUCUUCACGGUGCCCCCGGAACACAGGCUGGGACAGUGCCGGAGCGUAAAGGAGUUUGAGAAGCUGAACCGCAUUGGGGAAGGCACCUACGGCAUCGUGUAUCGGGCUCGGGACACCCAGACAGAUGAGAUUGUCGCCCUGAAGAAAGUACGGAUGGACAAGGAGAAGGAUGGGGUCCCCAUCAGCAGCCUUCGUGAGAUCACGCUGCUCCUCCGCCUUCGCCAUCCAAAUAUCGUGGAGCUGAAGGAGGUGGUUGUGGGGAACCACCUGGAGAGCAUCUUUCUGGUGAUGGGUUACUGUGAGCAAGACCUGGCCAGCCUUCUGGAGAACAUGCCAACGCCCUUCUCUGAGGCCCAGGUCAAGUGCAUUGUGCUGCAGGUGCUCCGGGGCCUCCAGUACCUACACCAGAACUUCAUCAUCCACAGGGACCUGAAGGUUUCCAACUUGCUCAUGACUGAUAAGGGCUGCGUGAAGACAGCGGAUUUUGGCCUGGCUCGGGCCUAUGGCAUCCCAGUGAAGCCAAUGACGCCCAAGGUGGUCACUCUGUGGUACCGAGCCCCAGAACUGCUGCUGGGAACCACCACGCAGACCACCAGCAUUGACAUGUGGGCCUUGGGCUGUGUCCUGGCUGAGCUGCUGGCCCACAAGCCCCUUCUCCCUGGCACUUCUGAGAUCCACCAGGUGGACCUGAUCGUACAGUUGCUGGGGACACCCAGCGAAAACAUCUGGCCAGGCUUCUCCAAGCUGCCCCUGGUCAGCCAGUACAGCCUGAGGAAGCAGCCGUACAACAACCUGAAGCACAGGUUCCCGUGGCUCUCGGAGGCCGGCCUGCGCCUGCUGAACCUGCUCUUCAUGUAUGACCCGAGGAAGAGGGCGACAGCGGGGGACGGCCUGGAGAGCUCCUACUUCAAGGAGAAGCCCUUGCCCUGUGAACCGGAGCUCAUGCCUACCUUCCCCCACCACCGCAACAAGCGGGCCGCCGCGGCCACGUCUGAGAGCCAGAGCAAGCGCUGCCGGCCCUGACGCCAGAGGCCCAUGAGAUCCGACUGGACCCUCAGCUGGGACGCACCAGCUGCUUCAGCUGGCGGCACGGAUUCCUGCUGCCUUUGCCCGGUGCUGCCCCAGAACAGCAGGGCGUGGACGCAGGGUGAUGCGUGCGGGGGUACAUCCUGAGGCUGGCCCUACCUGGGCUGUGGUGGCACCAUCUAGUAGCACUUCUGGGUCCUGCCCAUUGCCACACCCUUGGCUCCUAGCAGCUCAGGAAGUGCCCACUGGGUGUUGCUGGCUUGGGAUAUGCAGACCGCUCAUGGAUGCUGUGCCCUCUCUUGGUCACCAAGGUCUGCCUGGGGCAGCGCUGGUGGGACUCUGUGGGGAGAAGGGACUGGGUGUAGGUUGGACUGGGGUCUGGGCCAAGACCACUCUGACACUAGAGCAAGGUCCCUGCUGGGGCAGGGCCCCAAGGGGAAGGGUGUGGUUGGUGCUUCAGGAACUCGGAGAUAAAAGCUUUCCUGACAG